CGAACUGAAGUGGGUCUAUAUUAAAGUUCGAAAAGAGGGCAACGGGGAAGCUUCCAGGGUGACACGUCUCUAAGAAUUUCGUGAAACUCGCUAACGUUAGAACAGUCAACGCCUUACAAGCUUCGACGCAAAUAUCGAUGGCUGAUGCAACUCGUCUCUUCGCGCUGUGCGCACUCGCAAUCCUGUACUGUACUGUUGCACAGCAAUGCGUACAGAUGAAGGACAAGUCGUAUUUUGCACCCUGCACGGCCGCCGGCUACACCACCACCUUUCCCGUCCCACCCAACGUCUCAAAGCGCUCUCUCCGUUGGGUUGGCUUUUACCACAAGUACCUCGUGAACGGUGUGAAAAACUGCUCUGUUGCGCAGAUUGGAGAAGCUAUUGGUUGUGCUAUGUACGCUCCGUAUUGCAGAGAGGGGAGCAGUGAGCCUUUACUGCCUUGUCGUAGGAUAUGCACUGAGUUUUUGAAGCGAUGUGAGGGAUCCGUUCCCGAGUGGUGGAUCGAUGAUUUCAUUGGUCGCUGUGUCUUACUACCUGAUGAAACGGCUGCCUCUGGAAAAUGCUACGAGCCGCCGCAAUUUACGGAUCUUCACGUUACUAACGGGACAGGCCCGUUUGAUCGUGGCUGUCAGAAGAUGGUGAACUUUCCAUUCUGCGAGAACCUUGGCUACCAGUACACAAUUGCUACCCCUGAAAACCAGGUGCAGGCCUAUCGUUUUUUCUACAAGAAAAACAUGACAGAUGGCGAGCCGAGUAAGCCACAUCCCUCGUCCAUACUCCAGAGAAUCAUGUGGACGAUGGGUAACAAUUCAAAAUGUGCGCUCAGCAUCAAGAGGCUGUUCUGCGGCGGCGUGAUGCAACCGUGCUUUCCUCACGAGGGAACCGCCUACUACACGGUUUGCCAAGGAAUCUGCAGGUCCAUAGCAACAGAUUGCCCGGAAAUCUUAACUUCGCGAGGUGCACGCUAUUACGUCAACUGCGAGCGCUACCCCGAUGACGUCACAGCCCAUGGCUUUUGCAAGCAUACCAAGUGGCCCUCUCCUGAAUACUGGAAAGAGUUUUACCCAGUUCAACCAACCGACAAGCCCAAGUCUGACAACACAGUACUACUUGUUGGCGUACUCGUACCAGUCAUCCUCGUCCUUGUUAUUGUGUCAGCGGUCAUCCUGGUGCUAUGGAAACAGAACAAGCUAGCAGCGAUGUUCAACUACAAGAAAUACCAGGACGAGAAGCCGUUCAGCGGUCAAGGCCUACCACCAACUUCUACUGCCUAACUUUGUCUUAACUUACUUAGAGAUCGACCAGUCUAGUCUCUGGUGUUCGUAACGAGUUUGUUAUUGGGUUUUGGCCAGCCGCAGGCCAACGCUUGACUGGGAUCCAUUCACCUUAUCCGCUUCUUCUCGGUCUUGACUCUUGAAUGAUUUGCUUUUGUUUAGACAGUUUAGUUUUAUUUUUUUAGGCAUUUUCAUACUUUUACAGUAGAUAUUUUUUUAUGAUAAUCACAUCAAAUAUAUACAUCAUCCUGAUGUAUAUGAUAUAUUUUUCAGUGCUGCUGCUAACAUAUUCAUUUUGUGAUCGCUCCACUCAUCCGUCUGUAUUUUCUAAGGGGUAGGAUAUGAAAAACAGUUCCUGUUGGACAAGAAGUUAAUUAAUAAAAAAACAAAGGCAGUCUA